AUGACUUCACCCCAACAGAUCAACAACCUUCAAGCUGCGUUCCAGGACGCACUAAAUAUGUCGGGCUCUCCUGGCGUGGUCUCCACCUCGCCCACGACCUCCUUCAUGAACACACUUCCACCCCGGACGAGCGUUGCGAAACAGGCCAAGGCGCUGAAGCCUUUCUCGACAGGCGACAUUAAAAUAUUGCUUCUUGAGAAUGUAAACCAAACCGCCAUUGACAUCUUUGACAAGCAAGGCUACCAGGUUGAGUUCCACAAGAGCUCGCUUGGGCCGGAGGAGCUAAUUGAGAAAAUUAGAGACGUUCAUGCGAUCGGUAUCCGUUCGAAGACGAAACUGACGCCGGAAAUACUCAAACACGCCAAGAACCUGGUGUGCAUUGGCUGCUUCUGCAUCGGUACUAACCAGGUGGAUCUCGACUACGCAGCGAAAAUGGGUGUCUCCGUGUUCAAUUCACCUUUCUCUAACUCGCGUUCCGUCGCGGAGCUAGUAAUCGGUGAGAUCAUCUCUCUGGCUAGACAGUUGGGCGACCGCUCUAUUGAGAUGCACACCGGGACCUGGAACAAGGUCUCACACCACUGCUGGGAGGUGCGCGGCAAGACCCUUGGGAUUAUCGGCUACGGCCACAUUGGCUCCCAGUUAUCUGUGCUCGCCGAGGCUUUUGGCAUGCACGUACUAUAUUACGACGUUGUGACAAUUAUGGCACUGGGUACCGCCAAGCAAGUUGCUACUCUCGACGAGCUGCUCAACAACUCAGACUUUGUGAGUUUGCAUGUGCCGGCCACUGAUGAGACUAAGAACAUGAUUUCUGCCCCCCAACUUGCGGCGAUGAGAAAUGGUGCAUACCUAAUCAACGCUUCACGGGGAACCGUUGUGGAUAUCCCAUCCUUGAUCCAGGCGAUGAAGGCAGGAAAGAUAGCUGGUGCCGCGCUAGACGUUUUCCCGCACGAACCCGCGAAGAACGGCAGCGGUGCCUUCGGCAACCAACUCAGCCCUUGGAUCUCUGACCUGGUGUCCUUGCCAAACAUCAUUCUCACCCCUCACAUAGGUGGCUCGACAGAGGAGGCCCAGAGUGCCAUCGGCGUCGAGGUAGCAACUUCCUUGAGCAAGUAUAUCAACGACGGUACCUCCGUGGGCUCGGUGAAUUUCCCAGAGGUCUCGUUGCGUUCGCUUGACCUGGACCAAGAGAACACCGUCCGUGUGCUGUAUAUUCACCAAAAUGUGCCCGGCGUGCUAAAAACUGUGAACAAUAUCUUGUCUGACCACAAUAUCGAGAAGCAGUUCUCCGACUCUAGCGGCGACAUCGCUUAUCUGAUGGCGGACAUCUCGAAUGUGAACUACAGUGAUAUCAAAGACAUUUAUGAUAAAUUGAAUGCUACCGAGUACAAGAUCUCCAUCAGGUUACUCUAUUAG